AUGAGAUGGAAGGAGUUUGUGGGCAAUCGAGUAUCAGCCAUUCACGAGGCUACCCCACAUGCUCAUUGGAGAUUCACAUCCGGGAAACUCAACCCAGCUGAUUGUGCUUGUCGGGGCUUAAGCGCCUCUCAACUCAUUGAACAUGCAUUAUGGUGGACUGGACCACCAUGGCUCUCGCAAUCUCCUGUUUUUUGGCCAUCAACGGAAGCACCAUCUCCAGAACAUGACCUGGAAGAAAGACCCGGCAUUUCACUCUCAGCAACGUCACCGCCAUUACGAGCCAUCUCAAAAUUCAAACGAGUUCCAAACUCCAGUUUAGUCAUCUCACCAAUUAAUCCAGCUGACUUAGAAACUGCAAAGCAGUUUUGGAUACGGGAGACUCAACGUGCAUACUUCUCCUCAGAAAUAAAGACUAUUCAAGCUGGCAAAGGACUUCAUAAGAAUCAUGUUCUGUCUCGAUUGACGGCAGUAGUUGACCAUACUGGCAUAUUGAGAGUUGGAGGUCGUCUCCAGAACUCUCAAUUGUCUGAGGACAGUAAACACCCAGCAAUACUGCUCAGACACAGCAAGCUCUCAGAUCUAAUCAUCGCAGAUGCCCACUCAAGAACUCUUCAUGGCGGUACUCAAUUAACUCUCUCUCACGUCAGGAAGAUGUGUUGGAUCAUCGGUGGCAGAGCCCCCAUAAAAUCAUUCAUUCAACGAUGUCUCGUGUGCGCUCGAAUACGUGGAGUUCGAGCUCAACAACUCAUGGCUCCACUUCCGACUUCUCGAGUAACACCUUCUCUAGUGUUUGAGAACACUGGGGUAGAUUAUGCCGGUCCAAUCACAUUAAAAACCUUUCAAGGUCGAGGUGCAAAAAGCUUCAAGGGCUGGAUUGCAGUCUUUGUCUGUUUCACGACCUCAGCAAUUCACCUAGAAGCAGUCUCAGACUACUCAGCAGAAGGCUUUCUCAAAGCUUUCAGACGUUUCACCAGCCGUCGUGGAAUUUGCAAGACUAUUCAAAGUGACUGCGGCACGAAUUUUAAAGGUGCUGACGCUAUUCUCAAAGACCUAUUUCGACAAUCAUCAAAGGAAUCUCAAGAACUUCAACAGAUUCUCGCUAACGAUGGAAUUAAGUGGAUCUUUAAUCCACCUGGAGCACCUCAUAUGGGUGGAAAGUGGAAAGCGGCGGUCAAGUCAGGAAAGCACCAUCUACAACGAACCAUCUCAGACACGCUUCUCACGUUCGAAGACUUCUCCAGAUUUCUCGCUCAAGUAGGAGCAGUACUCAACUCACGACCUCUCAGUGCUCUAUCAGACGAUCCAGAAGACAUCUCAGCUUUAACACCAAGACACUUCAUUUGUGGAGAAGCUCUGAUCACAAUACCAGAACCAUCUGUAUGUUCUGUACCUGAAUCAAGACUCUCUCAUUUCCAGCGAAUCCAAGAACAAUUUCAAAAAUUUUGA